AUGUCAAAACCCCGUGGGUUAAGACCGAAUCCGGGACAACUGAAUGAGUCUGAAUCCUACGAUCUCCCUCGCGAAACAUCACGGCGUGAUGAUCCACCCACGAUAAUACGAAUUGCAAGUGGCAAGAAGCCUGAAGUUUUGCCUCCAUCUCGCAAGAGCCGCAUCCCAAUAUCCGUACAUUCGCCAGACAAACAAUCCCGAACUCAGAGACCCGUGGAUCGUUACAUGCGAGGCACAGUAGAGCCUCCCGAAAGUAACUUCGCAACGCCAGCCUUUGGCACCCUGGUACAUCAACCUCCCAUGUACCACUAUCCUUCAUACUACGCCGGCGCCGACAUGCCACGAUACUAUACUGGGCCUCAUCCUGGUGGUAUGCCAUCUCCAGUACCUGCCCCUGUUACAAAGGACACAAGCAACAAUGAAGAAAUGGAAAAGAUUAUCCGCGACGUACUAAAGGCAAGACAAAGUGACCAAGAGACUAUCCAGAAAACUGUUCUGGACGCAGCUCUGAGAGGGGUGACCGCUGCAGUACGAGAUAUGCAAGACAAAACGAACCUAGACAUCGAACGAGAGAAAGUAAAGGCUACAAUGUUUGCAAGGGACACGGCGGAGAGAGAAGAGAGAAAACGGAAGGAGAUUCAUGACCAGGCGAGACAAGAGGUUGAGACCGAGUUCGCUCUGAAAGCUGCCAUGCACGAAAACAUGAUGCAGAAGAUCCGAGAAGAGCUUCGUCAGGAACAGGAACGUAAAGCCGUAGAGGAAACGGAGAGAAAGGCGAAGGUGCGGGAAAUGAUGCAGCAGGAGGCCAUCAGACUAAGGAGCCUUUACGGCUUCGAAGCAAGAGCUUCUCCCCAACCACCUUGGGAAUACCAUACACCUCAUGUGAGACCUUAUUCCCAACACGGAGCACCAAUUUCAGUUAUGGACUAUUUGGUUGUGGACCCAGCGCUGGGGGAAUCUCGACCCAGACCAUCAACGUCUCGCCAACAUCGGAAGCAUCGCAGCCACGCGCUGACCUUGGAGAGUUCGGAAGACGAAUCAGAACCAGCCUCCUUGGUCCCCGAUCCUCAUGAGGCCUGGCAGAGAGACGUACCACCAUAUGCGCCGUCUGUUCCCUUGAGCUCGGGGGGCUACUCACAUUCAUGGCAAGCAUCUCCCCCUGGCCGUACGUCUGCGGAACGGAGCUUUAUUAGAAGCCGCGGCCGUUCGAAUGAACAGGAACGUCCGGCUACCAUACUCUUAGAUCAAAUAGAGACCGACGGUCUCCAUUUGAACGGCACCACACGCAAAGGCACUGACACUUUAGAAGACCAGCAGAAUCUCAAAGAAGAUUCGGAGGGGGAUGAAGACUCGGAUUUCUAUACGAGUGCCAGAGCCAGCCCAAUACAGCCAGACGACACGGCCGAGGAAAGAUGGAACAACGCUGAAAAGGGUCAGAGUGCAAAAGAAGAAUGCCGACACAACAUAGCAAAUGACUGGACUAAAAAACCGGUAUUCCCAGAUGACUCUGGCGGCGAUGACAGGGGCAACAUUGACUGGCCCACAAUGCCACAGUUCGGACACGAAGGGCCUACAAUCUCGAACGGGCCGAAAGAAGAGAUCGAACAACAAAACCUGUUUUCGUUGCCGAACCAUCAAGGCAUACUUCCCAUACUGCCUCAUAGUCACCAAAUCGAUCUGAAGACAGCCUUGGCAGACGAUCUACGUCAAGCUCAGGUUCAGCAACGGCCUGGGAAGUCAAAGAAAAUGUUCCCUUCAAAUGGGGUAGCUGUUCCUGUUUCUCCCAUGAUACAGUUGUCGGACGACUAUCCUUAUACAAGCAAUGACGGGAACAAGGAUUGUCAAUUCGCCGAGGGCUUCCGCAGGAGCACCAGCCCUGUCCGGUACCCUUAUCUUCCCAAGCCCUCGGAACUUAGCUUGGGAGGACAGAGCUUUGGUUCUUUGCAGCAGAAGCAACCCAGCACGACACAUGUACCGAUGGUUCCCAUGGUGUUUUGGGCCAUGACACCCGUUCGAUUCGAGUUCCGGUCGACGAGCCCUCCAGUGCCACGGCCACAGGGUCAGGCAGAAGGCCCCAACCCACCAAGCCCAAACAGUUGA